GCGCACUGAGCUCUCAACUGCCAUUUUGUGGCAGAAGCUACUCUGCCAAAGCGGGUGAGGAAUUAAAACUAACUGCGAAGAAGCGUGUAGUCUUUUCGAGCAGGUUAAAGUUUGCAGCACAGCCUCUCUGCUUUCAGGCGGGACCACAGGGAGGAGAAACACUCUGAAACAGUCAUGGAUGGUGGGUCAACAGAAGCUGUAGGGGAGGUUGAUGCCCCCCCUAAAGACUUCCCAUCGAUACAGGCAGUUCACAGCCAGGAUGCCAUGGUGGUGGACCUCCUUCAGCAGGCUGCAGAGGCUGGGGGCGUGGUGCAAGGACAGACUGCAGUUGUUCUGGAGCAAGGUCAUGUAGAAGCAAUGGUAGCAGCUACCCAAUCCCAGCAGGCACUGCUGGAAGCUGAGGUGGGGGUUAGUGUACAACGUGGAGGUGUUGAAAUGCUGGUCAUGGACCCUCUGGAUCCCACCCUGAUGCAUAUGAAAACUGAGGUGAUCGAUGCUGCAGUUGGGGGGUCAUCAGCCACAGUCGGAAUGGUUGGAGCAGUUGCAGGCGCAGCUCAUCAGGCUACUAUGACAACAGUGGACCAGACUCAGAUCAUCACCCUACAGGUGGUAAACAUGGAAGAACAAGCUGCCUUGGGUCUGGGGGAGCUACAGCUGGUCCAAGUGCCUGUUUCUGCCGCCACAGUGGGUGCUCUGCAGCAAGGCACAUAUGUGGACACCACCACGAUGCCGAAAGCCGGAGCCCCAGUCAUCUGUCAUACACUUCCUCUGCCUGAGGGUUUUCAGGUAGUCAAGGUUGGUGCUAAUGGGGAGGUGGAGACUGUGGAGCAAGAAGAGGGAGUAGAAGCCCACCCUGAGGAGGACGAGGAGGAUGAGGAGGUUGGACAGCAGCUGUUGGAUGAAGUAGAUGAACCUGUUCAGGCGCCUAACGAUGACCAAAACUGGAUUAAAGAUCCAGACUAUCAGCCUCCAUCUGGAGUUGUCAAAAAGUCCAAAAAGGGUAAAAAGAGCCGUCUGCGCUAUGCUGAAGGAGAUAAGGAUAUGGAUGUGAGUGUCUAUGACUUUGAAGAGGAACAGCAGGAGGGCCUUCUAUCUGAGGUCAACGCAGAGAAAGUAGUCGGCAACAUGAAGCCACCAAAGCCGACAAAGAUCAAGAAGAAAGGAGUUAAGAAGACGUUCCAGUGCGAGCUGUGCAGCUACACGUGUCCUCGCCGCUCCAACCUGGACCGUCACAUGAAGAGCCACACCGAUGAGAGGCCUCACAAAUGUCACUUGUGUGGAAGAGCCUUUAGGACGGUUACUCUGCUGCGAAACCAUCUGAACACACACACAGGGACUCGACCACACAAGUGCACAGACUGUGACAUGGCUUUUGUGACCAGUGGAGAACUUGUGCGUCAUCGUCGAUACAAACACACACAUGAGAAACCGUUCAAAUGCUCCAUGUGUGACUACGCCAGUGUGGAGGUGAGCAAACUGAAACGGCACAUUCGCUCCCACACUGGUGAGCGGCCCUUCCAGUGCAGUCUGUGCAGUUACGCCAGCAGAGACACGUACAAGCUGAAGAGACACAUGAGGACACACUCGGGAGAAAAACCUUAUGAGUGCUACAUCUGCCAUGCCCGGUUCACCCAGAGUGGAACCAUGAAGAUGCACAUUCUGCAGAAGCACACAGAAAAUGUGGCCAAGUUCCACUGUCCACACUGUGACACGGUCAUUGCACGCAAGAGUGACUUAGGGGUCCAUCUGCGGAAGCAGCACUCAUUCAUUGAGACUGGAAAGAAGUGCCGAUAUUGUGACGCUGUUUUUCAUGAGCGCUACGCUCUAAUUCAGCAUCAAAAGUCUCACAAGAAUGAGAAGAGGUUCAAGUGUGACUUGUGUGACUACUGUUGCCGCCAGGAGCGCCACAUGGUGAUGCAUCGUCGAACCCACACAGGAGAGAAGCCAUUUGCAUGCAGCCAGUGUGAAAAGACCUUCAGGCAGAAGCAGCUCCUGGACAUGCACUUCAAACGCUACCAUGAUCCCAACUUUGUUCCCACAGCUUUUGUUUGCCCCAAGUGUAGCAAGACAUUCACACGCAGGAACACCAUGGCUCGUCAUUCUGAGAACUGCAAUGGGGAGGUGGAGGAGUUUGAGAAUGGAGCUCUUACCCCAAAGAAAGAGAGGAGGGGAAGAAAGAGGAAGAUGAGGAACAGAAGGGAUGAGGACGAUAGUGAAGAUGAUACUCCUGAACAAGACGAGGGUGAGGAUGAGGGUGAGGAUGAAGCAGCGUUGCUACAGGAGGAGGAGGACCUAGAAAACAUGGAACUAGAUCAAGCGCCCGCUGUUAUCCCAGUUGUGGCUCCUGAUGAACCUCCGGUGAAGAGGAAACGAGGAAGACCCCCAAAAAACCCCAAACCUCAGACUCCCAGCAAAUCUGGGACAACUACGUCUGUUGCUGCCGCUAUUCAGGUGGAGGAUGAGCUAACAGGUGCAGUGGAGAACAUCAUAGUAAAGAAGGAGGAGGGCGAUGGAACGACUUCUCUGAAGCAGGGAGUGGGCCUGACUGUGGAAGGAGGGGUGGGAGGUGAUGAAGGGGUGGAGACGGUGGAGCUGACUGUGAAUGAGGAAACAACGGCAGCUUCCGCUAAUGGAGAUCUCACACCAGAGAUGAUCCUGAGUAUGAUGGACCGGUGAACACAAACAGACUCCUGCUUUACAAAACAGCAGAAGAUGGAAGCUUAAUUUAAAUCCUUUUUGAAGUGAAUGGAGCCUACACCAUACACUUGCUCAAGCUCCUAUAGUGACCCAAGCUAAGACUUCUCUCUGAUCUUUAAGGCUUUUCUCCAUUUGAAUGUGUUCUGAAUGAAUCUGCAUGUAUUUUGCUACUUCGUCCUACUCAAAGCCACAUCCUGUGUCUGUCUAUACCCACACACCUUUCAGUUUGUGUGCACACACAAGUCCUCUGUGUGUGUACACUAACAUCUGAAAACAUCAUGUGACAGAACCUCAGAUUUCUCAAAUCCUUUCUAAUUCUGUUUACACAUACUGUAGUUUGGCUUUAAAAUCAGAAUUUUCCGACACAGGAACCCUUGGAAGGAAGAACAUACUUUGGAUUAAGCAUGACUGCCUUUUAGAAGCAGCGCAGCACCGGUUUUCUGAGACUUGGAUUUAAAUAAUGCAGAAUAUCCCAUUUAGAAAAAAUGAAUUAGAACCAUGGUCUUUGUGGUCUGAAAGGCCUGCUGCUGUGCACAGCUUCCUGCUCUGACUUCCCUCUUGGACAUUUAGAGAGGUUUGUGAGCUGUGAAGACAUCGCAGUGUGUGUGUGUGUGUGUGAGAUUCUAGACUUUCUAACAUGUCAACCCUUUUCCAGUCAUUUAAACAGUUUUUGUCUCUGAUCAUCUUCACAGAGUGUUUAUCCCAGUAUUCCUCGAUUCUUGUUCCUUUGUUAGACAUUGUUUUAACUUUCACCAUCUACCAGUGGCUUGUUACUGCUGUUGGUCUGUUGUUAGUAUGUUCAAACAUUAAAUCUUAUUUACUUGUAGAAGACUAGGACUGUGUAACCUGGGAUUCAUGGCCCAUAAUAAUGUUGGUUUCUUUGUUAGUGUGAUUUAAUCUCCCAUGUUUAGGUCUCGUCGUACUUCUGUGUCCUCCAGUGCAAGUUGGACCAUGUUGAAACUCGUUAGGUUUCACGGCUUUUUUGAACUGCAGGGUUUCAUUCAGAGAUCCACAGUUUUGACUGCUACCUCACAGGGGGUGACAGUGCUUUAGUUUGUUAAACAUUUACUCCAGAUUGGAGGAAUAAGGGAAAUGAAAAUGAUUUCUCACCAGGAAGUUUCUCUGAGAAACCACCAGAAGAAAGACCUCCCCACACUCACAUAGUCCUUAUUUUUUCUUUGAUUCAUGAUCUAACACUCAGUUUUACCUGCUGUGUGCUUGGCGCCACCUGUUGAAUGGGAGUUUCACUGUUGCUGUACAGAGUCAUCGUGAUCCCUGGUGUUCCUCAGUGGGCAGGGACAGAUGGUGGCGUUUACGUCCAGCUGGUGGUUUAGUGAACGCUAAAGUAGUGUGAGGUAUGAAUUUGCCAUGAGGAGGUGGUGAUCUUUAGAUCUUCUCUUCAUGUUAUUGGAGAAAUGAAUGUGAACUCAAUCAGUCAAAGUCAGGGACUGUUUUUAUUGCCGUUUUACUCUAAACUUUAAAGAUUUUAAGUUGAUCUGUUUUCCUGAAUUUACAGAUUACAUGCUUGUAAAGUUCUUCCCCACCGUGCUCUGCAGUGUGAAGAAGCCAACUGGGCUAGAGUUAACAGUACAGAUGGUGAUGUUGGUGAGGAAUUCUAACUUCUAAUACUGUAGCCCUACUUCAGUCUCAGUUCCCGCAUUGCUGCCAGCCGUAAUCAAACAGCACCCUGUGGUUCCUGUGUGACCACCCAGCUACAGGAAGCCGACCAGGAUUCACGUGUCUGCUGGUUUCCAUGUAAAUAAAUGUUUUAACCCUUCGUGUAAAAAAACAUUUCCAUGCUGAUUGUAAAAAUGCUUUUAAAAUCAAACUUUACUUUAGCGUACAGUGGUUUCUCAUGUUUCCAAUGCUUUCAUUGUAUCCUGGUGAUCACUUCUGGUUUCUUGCUAAAGAUCAACCCAAACUAAACCAGAUGAGCCAGUUUCAUGCUUGUGUUCUGGUCUUUAUUGACAUUUACUUUCUAAUUUAGUUGUUUUACUCUUCUUAUUUUCUUGUUGCCACUUCACCGUUUCUCAUGUUAUUUAUGUUAUUCUUCCUUCUGUAAAAGGUGUGUCUGAACCACAGGAUCUGUCAAGGUGGAUCCCCCAGAGAAAAGCCCUGUUUGCUGAGUUAUCAUGCUUGAGCUGUUGCUGAAGCAUGUUAGCUGCCCUGUGGUUAGAUUAGGUCUUAUUGGAUAUGUUUGCAUGUCAGCCUCACAGCAAAUCUGAGUGAAAAUCUUCUGCUAAUAGUCCAAGCAGAAGGCUGUUGUGCUUCCUUAAGCCUCUCUGAUUUAGUUUUGUCUGCAUAUGUUUUAUUUCCGGGAUUGUUAGUUCUUUAAAUCCCAACAUAAAUAUCCUUACUGCCGUGCAGCUGUUUAGGAACAGUGGGGUCUGAAACCUGUUUCCUCCGAUCUUUCAGUAUUCUGCUGUAAUCUGAGGUUUGCUUCUGUAAAACGAAACAUAAUCUGUUAUGUUACUGUUGGACAUGUGAAAACAGUUUGUUCUGUGUAAUGUUCUUGGCAGAGAAACCGGAACACAUGCCUGUGCUAAGACCAACAGAACCAAGAAAACAUUGACCAUGGCAUUUCCUAAGCUACCACUCUGUACAGAUAAUACUGGAAAAUAAAACUACUGUAAUGGA